CGGACCAAGAGUCGCGGCGGCGCAGCCGGCGGCGAGAAUCCGGAGGAGCAGGAGGAGACGGCAAGGAUAGGCCCAGGAGUAAUGGAGUCCAAAGAGAAACAAGUGUUAAAAAAUCUCAGCGAGGAAAACAACCAUCAGGAAAACGAAGGAGGGGAGCAGGCUCCAAUGCAAAAUGAAGAAGAAUCCCGCCAUUUGGGAGGGGGUGAAAGCCAGAAGCCUGGAGGAAAUGUAAGGCGGGGGAGAGUUAGGAGGCUUGUCCCUAAUUUUCGAUGGGCCAUACCUAAUAGGCAUAUUGAUCACAGUGAAGUGGGAGAUGACGUAGAAAGGUUUGUAGGACAGAUGAUGGAAAUCAAGAGAAAGAGUAAGGAACAACAAAUGAGGCAUUAUAUGCGCUUCCAAACCCCUGAACCUGACAAUCAUUAUGACUUUUGCCUUAUACCUUGAAUCCUAAGGCUUUAUGAACCUUAUAAAAUGAGGUUCAUAAUGUGGCCACAGCUUUAAAAUCUUGAUCUUUGUGAUUUAC